GGCUGGGCGACGUGCCUUGCGGAAGGCUGGCCCUGCCCUCCGAGGGCCUCGCCCGAGCCCACACAAGCGGCACUGGUGAAGAGGCUGUCUGGCUGGAGAGGACUCCUGUCUGCUCCUGGGCUGGGGGGACAGAGCCCUGGCUUUGAAGUGGUGGCCCCAUCUCAACCCAGAGCUGGUCUGGAUUAGCCACCGUCUGGGCAUUUCUUCCUGUUGGCCAACCUGCUCCGUCCACUGGGGUGGAAAGGAAGGGUGCAGGGCAUGUGGACCAGAGCUGCGGCAGGAGGUCUUUGCCAAGUGCCCAGGGGGUAGCAUCCGCUGGGCUGGCAAUGCUGGAGAACGCUCAGAGUCUGGUGCUCUCGGGCCUGCCCCUUCCAGGCAGCCAGCUCUGAUUGCUCCAGGCAGACGCGUGACCCCUCCAGCCAGCUAUGCCUCUGCUGCCCGGCGCCAUGGGCCUGGCAGGCCUGCUGUUCUGGGCAGGCCAGACAGCGGAUGCCUUGAAGAUGCCCAAUGCUACCCUGCCCCUGGCCUGGCCUGAGAGCACAGCCUUGUGGCCCCUGAGUGGCCUAGCAGUGCCCCGGAAGUGCCACAUCUCUGCCUGGGACAUGAGCGCCUUGUUGGAUUAUCACACCCGCAUCAGCGCCAGCGUGCACCCACCUGCCGCCAACAUGGAGUACAUGGUCUGGGACGAGCGGCUGGCCCGGUCUGCUGAGGCCUGGGCCACCCAGUGCACCUGGGCCCACGGGCCCUCCCAGCUGAUGCGAUACGUGGGCCAGAACCUCUCCAUCCAUUCUGGCCAGUACCGCUCGGUGGUAGACAUCGUGAAGGCUUGGUCCGAGGAGAAGCAGCACUACUUGUUUCCUGCCCCGAAGGACUGUGACCCGCACUGCCCCUGGCAUUGCCGCGGCUCUGCCUGCUCCCACUACACCCAGAUAUCCUCCAUGAUGUGGGCAUCCUCCAGUUAGCUGGGCUGCGCCAUCCACACCUGUAGCAGCGUCAGUGUCGGGGGCAGCACCUGGCACCAGGCAGUGUACCUGGUCUGCAACUAUGCCAUCAAGGGCCACUGGAUCGGCGAGGCCCCAUACAAGCUGGGGAGGCCGUGUUCUGCCUGUCCCCCCAGCUACCAAGCCAUCUGCAAUAGCAACAUGUGCUUCUCGGCGAAAUCCAACAGGUUCCUGUGGUUCUGA